CUUUGCAAUUAUUGGUUUUAGUUUGACAUACAUUUUAAAGUAAAUAAUCUGAGUCUCAGUGUCACACUGUUACCUUUGAAUUGUCCUAUAACUACAGACGCGAAUCAGAUGCGAAUCGGCUUUCUUGAGUCCUUCCCCGCAGUCAGGUCUGUGAAAUUCCUCCACUGUUAUGUUGUAAACAGAGGAAGAGAAAUACAGCUUUUUGAAGUUGUGACAGAUAAACGUUUGAAGUCGUCUAUGACUAUCUUUAGUGCCUUCCAGUAACACAUGACCUGAGUGCACCUGACCCAUGUGAAGGAGUAGAGGAAGUGAGAGGAGCCACACCACACACACACCAUGGCAGCUUUCACCAGUACCCCCAAAGUGAGUUCCAGGAGUGCUCCUCGGCACAGAGACUGGGAGCAGAGCCCAGCAGAGUGUGACUGGAAGGACUGGGAGGCUGGAGGCGGUGAGAGAUCUACAGGACACAGCACCAUGCUGGAGAAGACCCAUGACUUCUUCCAGAUCUGUGACAUCGAGGACAAGGGCUUCAUCACCCACCGGGACAUGCAGAGGCUGCAUGGACAGCUGCCCCUCAGUGCAGAGGAGCUGGAGAAUGUCUUCGACACCCUGGACUCUGACGGCAACGGAUACCUCACCUUGCAGGAGUUCUCCUCGGGGUUCAGUGAGUUCCUGUUUGGCCGGAGGAUCCCUUUAACAGAGGGGAUGGCGGAGGCCAACCCCAUUGCCAAGGAAGCCACCCAGGGCCCCCCAGACUCCCUGUAUCAGACCCAGUGGGAGGAGAGGCUGACGGGCAGCGAGGAUGAGGAGGAGAGGCACUUCUGCAUGCUCAUGGAGAGCUUGGGCGCCAGCAACGUCUUUGAGGACCCUGGUGAGGUGCGUAGUCUGUGGGCCCAGCUGAGGAGAGAUGAGCCGCAUCUCCUGUCCAACUUUGAGGAGUUUCUGGCCAGGGUCACCUUCCAGAUCAAAGAGGUCAACCAGGAGAAGAGGGAGAUGGAGAGCGCCCUUAAAAGAAAAGCAGCAACACAUGACGAUGAGAUCCAGCGCUUAUAUGAAGAAAUGGAGCAGCAAAUCAAAAAUGAGAAGGACAGGAUCCUCCUGCAGGACUCUGAGCGCUUCCUGUCUAGGAGUCAGGAUCUAGAGCAUCAGCUGUCCAGUAAGGAGAGGGAGCUAGAUCAGAUCUUCCAGAAACAGAGGAGGUUGGAAUGUCAGUGCCGGGAGCUGCACAGCGAGCAGCACGUGACCAAGGUGGAGAACGUGAAGCUGAAGCAGACGAAUGAGGAUCUGGCCCAGGAGCUGGAGCACACCAGUCAGGAGCUGACCCUGGCACAGGAGCAGCUGGGCCUUCUGCAGGAACAGUCCUCACGCCUGCACAAGGAGAGGGAGAUGGAAAUGUACCAGGUCACAGAGGGAUUGCAGAGAGAGCGAGCAAGCCUGCUGAAACAACUUGACCUCCUGAGGGAAAUGAACAAACACUUACGAGAUGAACACGAUAUGUCCUCUUAUCAAAAACCAAGGAAUACUGUUGAAAAUCCUACUUGGAACCCGAGGCCUGGAUCACAUACUCUGAAUCCCUUUGACAAAAAGGCCUUUAAAUGUGAGGAAGAGGAGGGAGGGCUCCCCCACUCUAAGAGGAAGAGCCCAGGGGGAGUAAAUGGCUACAGCCUGGAUUAUGUGGUAGACUCCAACCCCCCCCACAGACCCCUCCAGAGGAUCAUCUCCAUAGAGGAGGACCACCUACCCCAGCUCCUACAGGACGACUACCAUGCCCAGCUCUGCGAGUGGAGCGAGGAGGCGGAGGAAGAAGGGGAGGAGGCAGAGCACAUAGAGCUGCAGAUGAAAUCAAUAUAUCCUCCUAGUUCUCUUCCGACUAGGGAGCAGCAGCCAGCUGACACCAGAGAGACAGAGACGCCUACGUCCCCCAGGGGCCAGCCUGUCGGCAAGGAGACCGUGGUGAAUGAGGGUGCAGCAUCACCCCCGGACCGCCUGUUUAAGAUCGUGCUGGUAGGGAACUCUAGCGUGGGGAAGACCUCCCUCCUCAGGAGGUUCUGUGAUGACUGCUUCUACCCAGGCACCUCUGCCACCGUGGGCAUAGACUACAGUGUGAAAACGAUAACAGUGGACAACAGCCAGGUGGCACUGCAGAUGUGGGAUACAGCAGGACAGGAGAGGUAUCGCAGCAUCACCAAGCAGUUCUUCCGCAAGGCUGACGGUGUGGUAGUCAUGUAUGACAUCACUGCUGAGCAGAGCUUCACUGCGGUGAGACAGUGGCUGACCAGUGUACAGGAGGGGGCCGGCGACGAUAUUCCCAUCAUGCUGCUGGGAAACAAAACGGACAAGGAGAGCGAGCGGGAGGUUCAGACGAGAGUAGGCGAGAAAUUAGCCAAGGACUGCCAGUUGAUUUUCUAUGAGUGCAGUGCUUGUUCCGGACAAAAGGUUGUAGACUCUAUGGUACAUUUGGCAAGAGUUCUGAAAGAGCAGGAGGACAGAGAGAAAGAGAAGACGAUCCAACUGGUAAACAGCUCUUCACAGAAGAAGAGGUCCUGCUGCUAGCAACAAGAAGGCUACUAGCUAGCUUCUAUCUUCUCAACACACAAGGUGAUGGUGAACUCACCUAAUUAGAUGUACAGUAUAUUCUGACUAGGGUUCCUUAAGAACUCAAAGAUCUACAGCACAAUACCUCUCACUGUCACUCAGUCCACCUGCGGUGUGUACACCUGUUUCUUGAAUCUGUGGUUUUUUAAAAACACCUCUUUAAAAAAAUGAAAGGGCAUUUUUAAAAAUACAGUCUUGCACUACUAUAAUAAAAUAUAGAUUUCCCUAAUGACAACUUAUUUUUAAUGAAAAUGUAUUUUCAACUAGCUAAGGCAAAACCAAUAACUAGACUACUUUUAUAUUUAAUUCAGUACAGUUUACAUUAUCUGACAAAUGUACUGAAAAAAGAAAAGUCAACCUUGUUUAUAGUUGGGUUAGGCUUCGUGAAAUCUGAAUUUCGUUCGCACCAAUUUAACAUUUUCCAGUAGUAAAGGGUAAAAACAUUUGUCAGAUUUGGACUUUAUCUCAGUUACUACUUUAUCUCAGAUCAUUUUGAUUAAUAGAUGAGCCUAUCCCUCAACUGUAAUAAGGUUUACUGUGUUGUAUAUGUAAUGUUGGGACGAUUUACCAGAAGUCAACUACAGAUGUAGGAUCUUAAUUUGACCAGGAUUGUCCCAGCAAAAUAAUCCUGCAGCAACAGGAUUUGAACAUUUACACCAUUCACACUUUUCUGCCGAUGUAAUGUUGCUAAUUCAUGGUUAGGCUAUUGGGCUACAUGAAAAGUACAAUACUGUUAAUAUAAUAUUUUAGUGUGAGUUUUCAGUGAAUCUAUGUAAAUCCUGGAGCGCAGGAAAAUUCUCAGCAACAACGGUGAUCAAGUGAAGAUCCUACAUCUGUAUGUGUCUAGAAAGUCUAACUGGCAGCUUCUCCUUUUACACAUAAAUGUUAGUUUUACACUUUGCAAUGACAAUGGAAGGUAGUAAAGCUCUGACCAUACUGUACCUUUAUCAAAGCGUUUGCAUAUAAACAGUCACCACUAUUUGGCUUUUUUAUGUAAUUUGCGCAGUGUUAUUUCUAUGAAGGAGUUCUGUUGUUGUACUGUAGUUGUUUGCUCAGUUUUUCCAAGUUAUUUGCCUUCUCUUAGAGGUAUUUGUUUGUGGGCGCACUAAAACAUUUAUCCUAAUAAUUCCAUAAAAGUUGAUAUAGCACCAAGUAUCCUUGAACAAAUGUUCUAGUUUUACAAAUCCUGUUUGAAAUAAAACAUAUUGCAAUGGAUACCAUCACUUCACCUGUAAAGUACCUCAGAUACCGAUAGAUACGUAUGAGACACUGGAGGUAUCAUUAGAUACCUACUGUAUGUGUAUUUUCUGUGAUGUUGAAGGUUACUGAGAAGUCAUCAUUUGGAGCCCUCCAGUAUAGAGAGAAUUCCUUGUGUAUUUGACAGUGUGCCAUAGCACCAUGACUACUCUAAAUGAACCCACGCUACUGUGCCUGUGUUCUUGCACAAUAAUGUAUGUGAAAAUGUAAAUAUUAAAAAUGUUGUAUGGUUUCUCUGAAUAAUAAAUAGAUAUUGUAUAUUUAUUUCAGUGAUCUUGUGAAUGAAAUAAUCGAACAAAAAUAAAAACACAAUUUCCUUGAA